AUGCCGCCUCUACUGUAGCCGAGUCGCAUUUACUAUCGCAGCUCAUAUCGUACAGUUUACAGUUUCAGCGCCAUGUUCCCAUCCUUUGGUAAGAAAAGAAGGGUAAUAAUAACGAUGAGACGCGUAGCUCAUCCAUAUUAGAAGAGUCUUUAAUGAACUCGGAUCGUCAGAGACACUCCUCCUGCUCCCGGCUCCCUCCGCUCCGCUCCCGUUACCAGACGAUGCGCGCGUGAAAAUUUGCAGCCCCAUCUUUAUCAGUAUCAUCGCCGUGAAGACAAAGAGAAGACCGCAAAUGAAGAUGUGCUGCACUAGCAGGAGAAGCCCCUCUUAAAAUCACCGUUACCGCAGCUGUGCCCGCCCAGAGGCAGACAGAGAACCGGUCCUUGGAGACUCUUUGGGGAUGCGCAAAGAUGUGAGAGUGAAGAGUGAGAUGCAUUAUGAUUGGCCAUACUCAUCCUAAAAGCGUCAGGCAAGGAGAGUGAUGUUUGCUCCAGCAAAAGAGUCGACGAGGUGGCAUCAAACUUGAAGGAGACGUGUUCAGUGUGCACAUUCAAUGCUUUCACGGCAUUAACCGUAAACUUGCAUCAUUUCCCCAAAGAGGCGGACGCGCUUUCCGUGGUGCUGAAACAGAGACUUGGCUGAUCAACUAGUGAACAAGAGGAGGAACCUCUCACUUCGUCACCUGCUUCUGAGCUUCAGUGUAUUGAGGAGCCGUGGCAAGAACUUACUACAUUAGCAUCUGACUGUGCUACAUCAUGCUGUGGAUGACGUGGAAGAUGGUGGUGGACUCCCUGCGUGGACGGAGAAGGAGACUGCCCUGUUCUCUCUGGUUUGUCCUGCUGUUCGCUGCUGGAGGUCUGGUUCUCUUCAUCCACCAGCAGGCUCUGUCAGAGAUGGUCCAGCAACAAGGCCCAGGCGUGAAGCUUGGAAGUACUCCACGGCAAUCCAGAGAGACACUUUCCACUCGGGACCGCGAGAGAGGCAAAUCUGAUAGUUUCCAGGACCUCCAAGUUACAGAAAACAUCCUGUCCAGCGCGAUCCCUCCAAUGCAGUUCCCACAUUUUGAGAAGAGCAGAAAAACAGCCUCCCCUGGGUCUCAGGAGCAGGACAUAGGUUCCCUUCAUGUCACGAAAAGACAACGAAAACUGCUAAAAACAAGUCCUCCAAUUCGACACACCAAAAAUACCAUUUCCUCAUCUUCCUCAUCCUCAGUCUCAUCCUCAUCUUCAAUUUCCUCUUCAUCCCCAAUGUCCUCCUCCAUUACAUCGGGCUUUUUUUCUCCAGAGAGCUGGCAAAAGCUCUCCGGUAUCCUGGAAGCACGCCAGCAACUGAUGAAGGAAAUCUGUGCUAAGUACAAAAGCAGCAUUUCAAAGACCAUCACACGUCAUCAUGUGAAAAGCAUCUUUGUGGAGGACAAGUACAAGUUGCUAUACUGCCAGGUCCCCAAGGCAGGAUGCUCCAACUGGAAGAGAACCCUGAUGGUGCUGGCGGGUAAGGCCUCCAACACUCAGAGUAUUAAGCAUGACACAGUCCACUACGGGCAGCAUCUCAAGAAGCUUGAUAGCUUUGACCAACAGGGAAUCAUGCACCGUCUGCAAACCUACACCAAAGUCAUAUUUGUCCGUGAGCCCUUGGAGAGAAUGGUGUCAGCUUACCGGGACAAGUUUGAAAAUCCCAACAACUACUACCACUCCCUGUUUGGGAAACCCAUCAUUUCCAAAUACAGGGUGAACCCAUCAAAAGCAGCCCUGAAGACAGGAAAUGGGGUCACAUUUAAAGAAUUUGUCCAAUACCUGCUGGAUGUCCACCGGCCCGUAGGAAUGGACAUCCACUGGGAACAGGCAAAUCAGCUGUGCAACCCUUGCCUCAUAGAUUACGACUUUAUCGGCAAGUUUGAGAACAUGGAAGAAGAGUCUAACUUUCUCUUGCGAUUGGCAGGGGCACCACCUAACCUCACAUUGCCCAGUUUUAAAGACAGGAACCCAAGUGACAAGCGGACCUCUAUGCAGAUCACGGAAAAUUACUUUUCACAGGUCAGCGCUUUGGAGAGACAGCGAGUAUAUGACUUCUACUACAUGGACUAUCUGAUGUUUAACUAUUCUAAGCCUUUUAAAGAUUUAUACUGACUUAAGAAUUACGUGACUGCUUCACGUCACAUUUUCACAGUCACAUUCCACUACAUUUUUACCAUAACUGUAAUUUUACCAUGCCAGUCUUCACUCACAUGCUCAAAUAGGUCUUUGCGUCUUAGCAGAGAGAUCAGAGAGACCAAAUUUCACUCAAAAACACUUUAAUUACAUUUUUUAGCAGAUUAUAUUGAUUUGUAGACAGUUUGUGUGCUGUUGUAUUAAAUACUCUAAAUUGUCCUAAAAUGCGAAGCGUUUAUUCACUACUAGCAGAUGGUGAGGUAGAAAUUUAAAACUGUAAACAUUAAGCUUCUAAAAAGAUUUAUUAUUGUUGAACAGGCUUUAAAAAUAUGCCUUCCUCUAGGUCAAAUAGCAUUUGUAAAUGUGUGUUUAUGGUUUAAGCACCAAGUUUACCAUAGAUUUCAAGCACAUACCUUAUCUUACUUACAACAAUAUUCAUAAAUGUAGUAGCUUGAGUCCUUGGUAUUCUUAAAUUGUUCACAGUCAAACCCUUUCAUGAUUUAAAAUGUUUGCAUUUACUGUUUGACCUAGGGCAAGUUAGGCAUCAAUAUACCUCUAUGUAUCAGUGCAUACUAAUACAGAUAUUUGAUGUGAAUGGCUUUACUAAAUAUAACUAAAUGAAACACUACAAAUACUAUAAAUCUUUAAAUGUGUCAAGUGCUGCCCACUUGGAAGCUGUGUGCGCCUAUUGUAGCAUUUUAUACUUCUAACUUUGUCAUUUUGUGCUUUUGCUUAACACAUACAUGUGCUGUAGGUCCUCCAUCAAUAGGGUGUCUAAAAGCAGGGUAUAAAGUGUUGCUAUGAAUAUCUCUCAAUAUCUAUUAGUGUUGCUGAUUUACCAGUCGAUGGUAUUCGAAAUUUAAAAAAAAAAAAUACAGGCUAAAAACAAAAACAGAUAAACACUUUUUUCAUAUUACAUAUGACAUUUUUCAGUAAUGUACAAUUUGGACUUUCCAGCAAGAAACAGAUAACAAGUUUGCACAAACUUCUUUAUCUGCCACUUUAACCACCUCAUAAUAUUAUAAAGCAACCCAUCCCCUCUGUAUAUAUCAUAGCUAUUCAAUACCAACAUAUAGGCUUUUUUCUGACUCUACUGUGUAAAAUUGUAUAAUGGGCAUUCAGAUGAAUAUAUAUUUUUCUAUGUAUUUCUAAAAUAUAAAUA